CGCGCUCACAUCUCCCGAGUUUUGUUGUACCAGCAGCAGCAGCAUCUUUGCAUCUUAGCAUCGAAAUGGCACCGAAAACCAGCGGAAAAGCCGCCAAGAAGUCCGGAAAGGCUCAGAAGAACAUUUCUAAGUCGGACAAAAAAAAGAAAAGGAAGACCCGCAAGGAAAGCUAUGCCAUCUACAUCUACAAGGUGCUGAAGCAAGUCCACCCGGACACUGGCAUUUCGUCCAAGGCGAUGAGCAUCAUGAAUAGCUUCGUCAACGACAUCUUCGAGCGCAUUGCCGCCGAGGCGUCCCGACUGGCGCACUACAACAAGCGCUCGACGAUCACGUCCCGCGAAAUCCAAACCGCGGUCCGUCUGCUCCUGCCCGGUGAGCUGGCCAAGCACGCCGUCUCCGAAGGCACGAAGGCCGUCACCAAGUACACCAGCUCGAAGUAAGCUAACGCGCUGUUCAAAACGACGACGAAA